AUGUUGUUCCUCUACAUGGUCCUCUUUCCCCUGGUCUCCGGUCAAUACUUCUCUCCAAUUGUGCCGUCCAAUGCUUAUCAACCUUACAAUGCGAUGCCGCCGGUAAUGUAUGGUCAGCUGAGGAGGUCUCCUCCUCGAGUACCACAGCCAUAUUACGCUGAUCCGAUCAGUCCGGUGAACGUGUUGCCUGACCCUAUUGAAAUCGGGUCUGAUUACGCUGCUUACCGUCAGAAUGCUCACCUUCUCCAGCAACAAAGACCAAUGAGUCCACAACCCUUCUAUCCUGGAGGAAUGGGUCAUAACAGAGUCAGCCCUCAAUUCCAGCACAAUUUCCAAGAAGAGAUACCAAUCCAAGUAAUACAUGGUCGGCCGGAGGAAAGAGAGCAACCACCUCAAUCGGUCCCCUCAUCAUCUUCUUCGUCACUUUCGUUACCAAGAUUCUUAGAGGGAGUUGGUGAUGAGGUGGUGCAACAAUACAAGGAUAUAAUUCGAAAACCUAACAGCAGGUACGAUGAGCAAGUGCAAGAGUUGGGAAAAUUGGUGGCAAAGUUGGAUGACCAACAUCAAGUAAGGUUAAUAGCAAUAAAAGACAUCUUCCAGUUACUCUAUCACCAAUUUAUGAGUGAAAAUGAUAAGAUCGAGGACGACCACAGGCAGAAAGUGCACAAAUAUGUUAAUGAGAUGUCCGACCCUGCUCAAGAGCAAUUUGCGAAGAUUUCAGCCCUUCUCCGAAACCCAGAACUGACCACUGAAGAAAGUUGGGGCCGCGUAAUUGCCUUAUAUGAUAAAUUGGACCCCAAACUACGCGACGAAUUUGAAACCCGAUUUAAGAACUUCAAUUAG